GCAAGUGAGUUAGAAGAGGUUUCCUUUUAUGCUGACAGACUCUCUAACCUUGUCAUUGCAAUGGCACAGAAAGAGAUUAAUGAAAAGUCAGAUGGCCCUGACCUAUGUUUUGCUGUUCUUGGAAAGCCUAGUCAUAAAUCUGUUGGGCUGGAAGAGAAGGGCAGGACAACAAGAGAAGGGAAAAUGCCAUCACAAAAACAUUUUGGCCAAGAUGAAUUUGCAAAUAAUUUAAGCAAAGAGAUACUAAUUUAUGCAAAUAAUGUGUUUUCAAUCAUGGUGGUCUCAGAUAUGAAGACCAUGAAAGGUCAGGCAAAUUACUCAAAUAUAGCUUGUAUUGUGCUGAAUGUGUUACUGAAGCACUCUAAGGCUGUGGUUUCAGACUUAAUAAACUCCUGUAUGAAAAACUUACAUGACCUAGCAGGCAGACUCUUUACUAAUUCAUAUUUUGCUUCUUCAGUGAAGCUGACUGUUCAUCCAGGCAGUCGUAAGGCUGCAGAAAUUGUACAAGCAAUGUUGAAUCAUUUGUAUUCUACCUUGAUACCGAAAGAAAAAGAAAUGACCUGUGCAGACACAGUGGGUAACCACACUGUUAAGCAAGGGUUUACCCUCUGGCAUUAAAACCAAAACCAACGCAGCCAAUGCUCAAAAUCACAACCAGGAAGGGAAGAAAGAUGUCAGGAUCCAUCAAAAGAAGCUGAAGAAUCGGAUUCACAGUCAGACACUGGAUGGCAGAAGCCUGAAAACGACAUGUCCAGUGCUACAUUAAUGCUAAUCUGGAAGUUACUAAACAAAAAUAGAAGAGGGGUUUUUGUUUGCAAAGUAGACAGUCAGCCUGGAAAUCCAAUUGUUGAUGAAACAAACCAAAACACUGGGAAAAACACUAAGGGACUUAUUGACCUUUCAGACACUGAGCAAUCUUGUGAAGAAGCCACAUCUGGACUGACUAAAAUGCUUACUGAUCAAAUCAAUCUGAGCAGAGGAGACAGCAGCAGCACACAAUUUAGUGGCAGUCUGGUGGAUACAGUGCUAAAGCUGUGUCUUAUCAUAGUUAAAUACAGCAACCCUGAGUCACUUCUGGCGGAGCCAGGGAGCAGACGCAGGGUGGUAGUGGUGAAUCAAAAUCCUUCUGAAAAUGUAUGUAAGCUCUGAGCCCUUCUGCAGUGGGUGACUGCCUCUCAGGCAGACAUGCCUGUGCUUUGCUUCUUGGAUGGUGAAGAGGAGUUCAUGUAUAAGCUUCAGAAACUAUCAUCAGUCACAGUAGAGAAGGGAUACAAAGUAGGAGAAAUUUUACAAGCAAUGCUGAAAUACAAGAAGGAAAGGCAGUCUGGUGAGGCUGUAGGCAACUCUGUUCAGUUGCCAGUCUUGAACUGGCUGCUUAAUAACUUGUGA